AUGGAUGUGGUAGAUCUUUCUAGAAACAAUGUACUAUGUAAAAUAACUGCUAUGAAUGGAAAAAUAUGGCACUGCCUUUUCUUGUACGGUGAGCCUAAUGUUGAUCAUAGAGUGACACUAUGGGCAGAAUUGAAUAUUUUGCUUCAACCGUACACCAACUACAUCAUUGUGGGAGAUAUAAAUCAGGUGGACCUCUAUUCUAAUAAAUUAGGAGAUGCAAAUUUAAUUCGAGGUUGGGAGGAGUUUAUGUCUUGGAAGCAUGCCCUACAGUUAAAAGAUGUGCCGUUUUGUGGACCUCGUUAUACUUGGACUAAUAAUAGAGAUGAUUCUGACCUUAUAAUGGAAAGACUGGAUAAAGCUUAUGCAUCUCAAGACUGGUUUGAUGAGUUUCCUGCGACUAUUGUUCAAAACCUUCCAAUUAUCCAAUCGGAUCAUGGCCCUAUUUGGCUUCAAACUACUCCAAAACCUUCCAAUCCUAACCGCCCCUAUCAAUUAGAAAACUGGUGCUUGCGUUAUCCGGAGGUCGUUACCAUAACACGAGACAUCUGGCAGUUGCGAAUAGCAGGCUCACCAAUGUAUACUUUGGCUCGAAAAUUGGACUCACUUCGGAAGCAUCUUAAAGCAUGGUGUCUGGAUAAAAAGCUUUUUGGGGGUAUUAACUGGCGUAAAAUUUUUAGUGAACUUCAAAACCAAGCAAGUCAAGUUCAAACUAUUACCCAAGGGGCGGCUUUAGUCAUGCGUCACCGGCCUUUAAUGAACGAAGCUUCGUUGGCUUUGACGUACUGGCAUCAAAGGAUCAAAGAUAGACACCUCCAGCUAGCGGACAUCCCGUCAAAAUUUCUCUUCAAUAGAUUACGUCAAAAGAAAACGCAUAAUUAUGUCUACAUACUGAAGUCUGCAACAGGAGAAUGGGUGGAGAAUCACACUGAGAUUGCUAAUAUGAUCCAAUCCCACUUUGAAAAUCUUUAUCAAGCUUCAGCGAGAGGUUCACCUACAGUCAACAAUAAUGGUGAAGAGAUUGAUCUAGUUCUGAGGGAUUAA